AUGCAAAACUAUUUAGAUUUCUCUUUAGAGAAAUUCAAUGAAACAUACAAUAAAAAUAAAAUAAACUUAUAUUUGAUUGUACAUCAUAUUAUAUUAACUUUAACUUUGUUAACAAUUAAAGAAAAAAAAAAUAAAAGUCUUGUUAAAUAUUUUUUUGGUACAUAUAAAAUAAAAUAUCAUGUACAUGGACUUGAUCAUGAAUCUGUUGAAAUUGAUUUUACACCACCAUAUAAACGUAUUUCAUUGCUUAAUGCUUUAGAAGAAGCUCUUGGUAAAGAAGAUAAAUUUCCAUUAGCCAGUGAACUUACUACAGAUAUUAAUAAAGCAAACAAAUUCUUUGAUAAUCUUUGUAAAAAACAUCAUGUCGAAUGUACUCAUCCAAGAACAACAGAUAGAUUAAUUGAUAAACGAAUGUUUAUUAAAAUGAUGUUAUCAUUUAUUCGUAAACGACUUCCGUACAAAGAUCGAAGUAAUGAACAUCUUCAAAAUGCUAAAUCAAAUCAUAUUCAACAUGAACAUCAGGAUGAUAAUAAUAUGAAAAGAACACAAUCUACAAAUGAAUUAAAUUUGAAUAAUAAUGAUAAUAAAAAAAAGAAGAAAAAGAAAAAUAAAGAAAUGUCUUCAUCAACUCUUGAUGGACUUGCUCUUGUUUCAAAUACUUCACCAACUACUAAUCGAAUAAAUAAAUCUUAUUCAGAUAUUGAUUAUUUUCCAUUGAUGCCUGAGGCUUUAUUUCAAUCUAAUAACCAUGACAAAAUAUCUAAAGAACGUGAUUCAUUAUCUGAUUCUUAUUUAAAUCCAUCGGAAAAUGUGCACACAACAAGUGAUAUUAAUUAUGUACAAACAACAGUAAUCAAACCGCGAGUAUUUGAAAUUCCAGUGAUCGAUUGUCGUAAAGAGCAACGAAUACCGAAUUAUAAAGAUGUUGAUCAUCAACGAACUCAAGCUAUUAGACAAGUUACUCAACAACGAACACAAUAA